UAGGAUUUCGGCACCGAUUUAAACCGAAGUUCAGCAGCACUUCCGGUUUUCUAAACGGAAACCUACGAGUAAAAAGACGACGAAGAUUUGGAGUUAAUUUAUGGAUUUAAGUCUGAAUUUAACCGAAAAUAAGGCUGUUAUCAGGACGAGAGAGAGCGGAGACACGAAACGACCUGUUUAUGGUGAAGGUGGUUCAUGAAAAACAGCGAUAGUUAGCCUGUUAGCCGCUAAUAUUUUAGCCUGUUAGCCGUUAAAUUCGUCCUAAAAUGCCGACAAAGAUGGAGGAUUACGAAGUUCUGUUUACGAUCGGAUCAGGAUCUUAUGGAAGAUGUCAGAAAAUACGACGGAAAUCUGACGGAAAAGUGAGUAAAAACAUACAAAUAUGAACACAUGAAUAUAAACUUUUAAACAUGAACAGAUGAACAGCUGGACCUUUAAUGAGAAACAGAGUUCAUGUUAAUGAAGUUAAUUAAAGAGUUCAUGUUAGUGAAGUUAAUUAAAGUGUUCAUGUUGAAAAAACUCAGUUUGAACAAAAGUUUAAAUAUUCAGCUUUAAACUGUUUUUAUCCUGAUUUAUAGUUUUAACCCGAUUUAACUGUUGGACUAAGCUGUGGUUCUGAUGGUUAACUGUUGGACUAAGAUGUGGUUCUGAUGGUAAUCUGUUGGAUCCUGUUUUCUCUGAAGGUUAACUGUUGGACUAAGCUGUGGUUCUGAUGGUAAUCUGUUGGACUAAGCUGUGGUUCUGAUGGUUAACUGUUGGACUAAGCUGUGGUUCUGAUGGUUAACUGUUGGACUAAGCUGUGGUUCUGAUGGUUAACUGUUGGACUAAGCUGUGGUUCUGAUGGUAAUCUGUUGGACUAAGCUGUGGUUCUGAUGGUAAUCUGUUGGACUAAGCUGUGGUUCUGAUGGUAAUCUGUUGGACUAAGCUGUGGUUCUGAUGGUUAACUGUUGGACUAAGCUGUGGUUCUGAUGGUAAUCUGUUGGAUCCUGUUUUCUCUGAAGGUUCUGGUGUGGAAGGAGCUGGACUACGGUACGAUGGCGGAGAGCGAGAAGCAGAUGUUGGUGUCGGAGGUGAACCUUCUGAGGGAACUCAAACACCCGAACAUCGUGAGGUACCAUGACCGGAUCAUAGACCGGACCAACACCACCCUGUACAUCGUCAUGGAGUACUGUGAGGGGGGGGACCUGUCCAGUCUCAUCAGUCGCUGCAUCAAGGAGAGGUCACGACCCCGGCUUCAGUUUCUCAACAUUCAGGUUCAACGUUCAUGUCAGGGAUUCAGAUUCUGAACCAGGAUCGUGGUUUUGUUUUUGGACAGGCGGUACUUAGACGAGCCGUUUGUCCUGAGGGUGAUGGCGCAGCUCACGUUGGCCCUGAAGGAGUGUCACAGACGGAGGGACGGCAGAGCCACAGUCCUUCACCGAGACCUCAAACCGGCCAACAUCUUCCUGGACGCCAAACAGAACGUGAAGUUGGGAGACUUCGGCCUGGCGAGGAUCCUGAACCACGACACCAGUUUCGCCAAAACCUUUGUUGGGACUCCAUACUACAUGUCCCCCGUGAGUUCUUAGACCUUUAUUUUGACCCCUGUGAGUUUUUUAUUUUAUUUUGACCCCUGUGAGUUUCCGUCCUAUAAACCUGAAAUUUCCCCUUUUUUCUCUCAGGAACAAAUCAACCGGAUGUCGUACAACGAGAAGUCGGAUAUUUGGUCGUUGGGAUGUUUGCUGUAUGAACUCUGUGCUUUAUCGUAAGUUCUUGUCCUCCUUCACUCGAGCUGAAGGUUUGAUGAAGGUUUGGUGAAGGUGAAUAUCUGACGUCUUCUUCUUCUCUUCAGACCUCCAUUUACUGCGUUUAACCAAAGAGAGCUGGCAGAGAAGAUCAGAGAGGGCAGGUACAGACGAAUCCCCUACCGCUACUCUGAGGAGCUCAACACCUUACUCAGCAAAAUGCUCCACCUGAAGGUUAGAACAUGUGACCAAGUUUGGUUUGAUGAGGCUUCACUGGUUCUGUUCAUGUUCUGAUUUGGGUCGAGUCCAAAGUCUGAGUCUGUCUAUUGUCAGGACUUUCUGAGACCUUCUGUGGAGUCCAUCCUUCAGAGCAGCCUGUUGGCUGAAGCGGUCUCUGAGGAGCUGAGGAAGGCUCAGACCAGAGUCAGGAGAAGGUCAGCGGACUCUGACCGUCCCCUUCAAAAACCAACUGAACCUUUACCCGCCACCGCCGCAGAGCUCCGCCUCCGAGAACAGGCACUGCGGGACAGAGAGAAGGCGCUUAAAGAACGAGAGGAGAGGCUGGAGAGUAAGACCACGAUGAAGUCUUUUUAAUUUAAUCCAAGUUUUAUUCUGACUCUGCGAACGACAGUCCAGAAGUUUGUGUUUUUGUUCUUCGUCUGCAGAACGAGAGAAGGAGCUUUGUGUUCGUGAGCGACUGUCAGAGGAGAAACUCGCUCGGUAAAACCAUGAACCUCAUUCCUCUGUUCUUCUGUCUGUGAUACCACGAUAAACCUCUAAUCUCUCCAACGAUACAACCACAAACCUCUAAUCUCGUGUUUUUAGGGCAGAGAUUCUCCUGAAGCACCAGAACCGUCCACCACAGCAGCUGCAGAGGGACCUGUCACCUUUAUUCCUGAUCAAAAACAUAGGUAUGGGAAACGGGCCGGGACCUCUCAGUCCUCUGAACCGAGAGGAAAAAAAGUGAUUUAAUCUGUUUAAUCUGUGAACGCUUUUCUGAACAAUCAUGUGAGUGAAAUUCAUUCAUCAGUGUCUGAACUCUUUUGUAUUAAUGUACCAAUAAAACUGUGAUUUUAAUUCAUCAACUCAUAUUCCACCAUUGACCGUCUGUAAUCCAACUGUUAGUCCACAUGUUAAUCCAUCUGUUUGGCCAGUUGAUAAUCCAUCCAGCUGUUAAUCCAGUUGUUAAUCCAUCUGUUAUUCCAGCUGUUAUUCCAGCUGUUAGUCCAGUUGUUAAUCCAGCUGUGAAUCCAGCUGUUAUUCCAGCUGUUAAUCCAGCUGUUAAUCCAGCUGUUAUUCCAGCUGUUAGUCCAGCUGUUAAUCCAGUUGUUAAUCCAUCUGUUAUUCCAGCUGUUAGUCCAGCUUUUAAUCCAGCUGUGAAUCCAGCUGUUAUUCCAGCUGUUAGUCCAGCUGUUAGUCCAUUCAUCUGUUAUUCCAGUUGUUAAUCCAUCCAGCUGUUAUUCCAUCUGAUAAUCCAUCUGUUAUUCCAGCUGUUAAUCCAUUCAUCUGUUAUUCCAGUUGUUAAUCCAGCUGUUAUUCCAGUUGUUAAUCCAGCUGUUAUUCCAGUUGUUAAUCCAGCUGUUAUUCCAGCUGUUAAUCCAUCUGUUUGUCCAGUCGUUAAUCCAAUUGUUAUUCCAGCUGUUAAUCCAGUUGUUAGUCCAACUGUUAUUCCAGUUGUUAAUCCAGCUGUUAUUCCAGUUGUUAAUUCAGCUGUUGAUCCAGCUGUUAAUCCAGUUGUUAUUCCAGCUGUUAAUCCAGCUGUUAAUCCAGUUGUUAAUCCAGCUGUGAAUCCAUCUGUUUGUCCAGCUGUUAAUCCAUCCAGCUGUUAAUCCAUCCAUCUGUUAAUCCAGUUGUUAAUCCAUCUGUUAUUCCAGUUGUUAAUCCAUCCAGCUGUUAAUCCAUCCAUCUGUUAAUCCAGUUGUUAGUCCAGCUCUUAGUCCGGUUGUUAGUCCAGCUGCAGUAAAGCCUUGUUUUUGUUCUUCACUCCUCCCGAUGAUGAAGCUGCGUUGAGGUUUUACAGAAACACGUUUCGGACCGGGUCGUGACUCAUGACUGUUUUUGCUCUAGAUGUGGACGAGCUAGACUCCCCCAGUAAGAAGAAGGUCAGUUUUGCAGCUGAGAGUAAAGAGAACCAGCGGCCCGAUGGGGGUCAGAGCGCACAGGACCGGAUUCUCAGGAGGCUGCAGGUGGAGAACCUCCGCACUAAAGUUCUGAAGGACGAGGUGGAGAAGAGCUGUCCGUUCAGAACCAGGCAGAUACUCGGCAUCCGCUGAUCGGACUGAUUUCAGAACUUCAGGACAUGAGAGAGUCACAAUAACUGGAUCUGUAAAUAAUCUUAAUUUAUCUGUAGGAGAAAAACAAACCAUGAAUGUUUCUGAUGUGAGGGUGUGUUUGAGUUCAUCCAUUUCUUUGAAGCAGAAAAUAUGUAAUAUUUUAGUUUUAUAAUAAACACAUGAACCUGCAGAAAAUAUAAAGCAGAAAGAAUAGAAAAAAAAUGUCUUAUAUAAAAAUGUCAAAUAAAACCUGUUUUCACAAAUAAAGAAGUAAAAUCAUGAAUGAUUAUUGAUGAAAUGGCAGUUUAAUGUUUGUACCAUUAGAAUAUCAUGUAAGACCUAAUUGGACAUUUUGUUCCUGUAAUUUUUAAAACGGGGUCUUUAAUUUCCUCAAAACUAGGAAUACAUGCCGAUUUGAUCAUGACAGAUUCAUCCCACCAGGGGGCGCCAGUCUGCAUGGAAAGAACUGGAAAAGUGUUUUCAGACAUCAUGGUAGUAAGGCCCAUGGACUGUAUAUAUAUUUUUAUAUAUAUGUGUGUAUAUAGUAUAUAGAGUGUGUGGUAAAGUCCAUUGUCCAUUGGAGUGGAUUAUUCUAAUCCGGAGGCAGAUUAGGGGAAUAAACAGGUUUGUAGAAACGAAUCUUCAGUUUUUAUUUUAUCCUCAAAUGAACUUUAACAAACAAACUGAAGGUGGAGACAGAUGUAACCCCAACCCUGAACGCUGGUGUCGGUACCGGCUCGGUUCGGGGCCCAGAGCCUGUGGUCCCAGUGAGACAAA